CAUCGCUCCGUCCUCUUCUAACAUACUGAUAAAAGUAAGAUGGAGGUAUCGCGGCGUGGCCGUGUGGCGCGUCAGUAUACUACGAGUUGAGAGGAAGGUCACAGUGUUUUAUCGUGUAAACAAAUAUUUUCCUUAAUCACAGCCUGGGAAUAACAGAAGUCACCAUGAGGGACAACCCGAACCUAAUGACUGGAUUUGUUAAAAUUAUUCAGAAGUACCCUGAAAUAUACGAUCCGAAUAUGGACACAUACAGAACGAGAUUCUCGGAGAUGGCUUGGACAAAAGUGGCAGCACAUGUUAGAAAUGAAUUACAUGAAGAUUGUACUAUUGAUGAACUCAAAGCCAGGUGGAAAGGUAUAAGGUCAUCGUUCACAAGAUAUAAAUCCAAACUAACCCGCCAAUCUGGUGAUAAUUUCCAUGCUUGCAAGAAAUAUUACCUUUAUGACCACUUGAGGUUUUUAGAUCCCUUUUUAAGAAUCACAGGACCAAACUCAGAAGACAACGAAAAUUCAGAAAAUCCGCUUAAUGCGACUUUUUUGCCUGCUGAUGAUAAUGAAGAAACAAACAAUUAUUGCAUUGUAGAAGAUUGGGAAACUGUUGUGGAUAUCAAACCAGACGUGAGCAAUACGAAGUCUCCAGAAAGAGAAGCAUCCCAAUCUACAAGUGACCCGUCGUGUAGCGACGGACCUAAAAAAAGAAAGUAUUCCUCAGACGGCCCAACAGCAGUAGAAGAAGAUAAUGAUGACUUAAAAUUCUUCAAAAGCAUCUUACCUGAUAUCAAGAAUUUCUCAAAUAGAGAGAAGCGCAAACUCAAAAUGGGGAUAUUACAAUUAAUUGAUGAAAUUGAAAAAGAAAAAGAAGAAUGAGCAAGAAUAUUAGGUUUAUUCAGCAUAAGUGUAGUACAUAAGUCAGAACUUGGAUUUUAUUUUUAUAAGCGACUGAAAUAAAACUAUUUCUGUA